AUGCGCAGCAACACCAUCGUUGCGGCAGCUCUUCUUGCUGGCGCGGCCGAAUUGGCCGCUGCCGAUGGCUGCAAUGCCGACAACUGCCUGCGAGCCAUGAGAGCGACGCAGAUUCCUGGCCGUCUUGAGAGUGCAAAAGCUUUCUGUGCCACUUACACCAAGGCUACCGGGACGAUUGCUCCCACAGCCAUUCCAUCUUUUGCCGCGGAUGGCUGCAAGGACAAUUUGAAUGCCCCGAUGCCCUUGAGAAUCUCCAGCGCUUGCUCAUGCAUUGCUCCUGGUACUUCGACCACUUCGACUCCUACCACUCCUACCACGACGCCUACCUCCACGGCAACUGGAAACCCUUGCGCCAAGGUCAGCGCCUCUUGGGCCGCGCAGAAGAAGACAACUGCUACCCCCACUGUGGCAGCAUCACUUGCUCACGAAUGUCUCAAAACUGUUCCUCUGGGCAAGGAUCAGGCCAUCCAGCUGAUCGAUGCCAUUGAACCCUACCUCGAGUGGCAGAGUGAUGCCGGCUACAAGAAGGACCCUCCCAAGUCUUACUUCUAUCCUGGCUUCGACAUCUUUGGCAACCUGGCCAAGGUCAGAUCCAAUGUCAAGGCCGGCAAAUAUGCAGGCGAGUUCGAUUUCCAGACCGACCUGUACAAGCAGAUCUGGGCUCCUGGCCAGGAUGGCCACUAUGUCUUGUACCCCGACCUGUUGGCGCGGGCGUUCAAGUGGAGGCGGGCAGUUCCUCCCAUUGUGUCGAUCAGUGAGGAUGGCAAGUCCUUGCCUGUGAUUAAACUCCAGACCGAUGUUGUUGCGAACCCUAAGACUGCUCAGGCCAUUACCAAGAUCAACGGUAUUGAUGCGGCCAAGUAUGUCGAGGACACUGUCAACGGUGCCAGUUACCUCCAGGAUGUGGACUCAUCCUACAACACCAUGUUUUGGUCCAAGUCUACCGCCGCAAACGGUGGUGUGGGCAACUUUGUUGCUGGCGGCCGCAGCGCAUUGUUCUAUCACGGCGACACCACCAAGUUGACCUAUGCCAACGGCACGACUGUCGAGAUUGAGAACAAGGCCUACAUUGUCGGUGACAUGACUGGUGUCGUUGACGGUCCUUCCAUGUACAAGAAGUUCUGCACUCCUGUUCCUAUUCAGAAUGCUGCUGCUGCCCCCGCUGCUGCUCCUGCGAAUGUCACUAUUCCUGGAUACCCCAAGCCGGUUAUUGCAACCUCAGACGGUGUUGUCUCUGGCUACUACCUCAGUGGUCCUGGACUCGACGACGUUGCCGUUCUUUAUCUCAUGUCGUUUGAGCCCAAGAGCCCGGCUGAGUUCCAAGCUGUCAUCAGCGACUUUUUGCGUGAAGCCAAGGCCGCCGGCAAGACCAAGCUUGUUGUUGACUUCCAGAACAACGGCGGUGGUUACAUUCUGCUUGGCUACGAUUUCUUCCGCCAACUUUUCCCGUCUGUUGUUCAAGACGGCAACUCUCGCUGGAAGCAGAGCAAGAGCUUCGCUUACCUUUCCCGCGUCAUUUCCGACUACGUCAAGGACGUAAACCCUGCUACGGAAACAGACGAGGAUAAGCUCAGUCUGUAUGAGACUUGGUACAACUACCGUUACGACAUGAACAUUACCAAUCAGCCCUUUGCUACUUUUGACGACAAGUUCCACCCUCACGUAUACAAGAACACCGAUUACACCAACCUGAUGCGAUGGAACCUCACCGAUCCUCUGACUACCACUGACCCUAAGUUCGGCAUGGGUAUCGAGAUCUCCGGUUACGGCACUCGCGCCAACCUCACUCAGCCAUUCAAGGCCGAAGACAUCAUCAUUCUCUACGACGGAGCUUGCUCAUCUACCUGCACCCUGGCUUCUGAGAUGCUCCGCAUCCAAGCCGGCGUCAAGUCCGUCGCCAUGGGUGGUCGACCCAAGAAAGGUCCCAUCCAGGGCGUCGGCGGUGUCAAGGGCUCCCAAGUCCUCAACCUGAUCAACAUCUACGGCUACACCAACUACGUCUCCCAACUCACCAACGACGCCAAGAUCAAGGCCGAGUUCAAGCGCUUCACCACCCUGCCCAUGGAGCGAUCCACCGCGUCGGCCGUCAAUGUUCGCGACCAGAUUCUCCGAGACAAUGUCAACGACGGUGUGCCCGCUCAGUUCGUCGCUGAGGAGGCCGACUGCCGUCUCUACUGGACUGCGCCCAUGAUUUCCGACGUCACCGAGGUCUGGAAGUCCGCUGCCAACUCUGCCUUCAACGGUGCCAAGUGCGCUCACGGCGGUAUUUCCGGCUCCAAGCCUAAUCGCAGAAGCGAUGUUGCGCCAGUCCUGAGCGGUCGUCGUCCGGCGAGAUUGUCGGAGUUGGUUGAUAAGACACCCGUUGCGCAUAGCGCGGAGUGGGAGGCUGUGCAUCUGCAGAUGGCUAUCAACUGA